GUUUGAGCACACCUGGGUGCAGCCCCUCCUGAAUUGGAGCCAUCAGUUUUCCCUUUAGAGCUGUUUAGCUCAGAUUUGGAAAGUCCCUUCACUGGAAAAUCCAUCGAAAGUGUGAUUUGGCAGUGGCUGUGGAGUUUUUUCACUAUGCUGAGAGACUGCACGGGGAGUUCCUUGGCUUGGCUGGGCUGAGCAGCUCCAGGACUGGCCCUGCUCUGUGCUGCCAGCAGUGUUAGCAUGGAUUUCUGGGCACUGACUGUGCUCCUGGGAGAAACUGCUCCGUCCCACCGCCCCUUCCAGUUACCCCAUCCCUUGUUUCUAGAUCCUCUUAUUGGGAUCUCUUGCCCUUGGAAGCUUUUCUUGGAGCCAGAUUCCUCCCCCUGUGCCUCGAGAGGGAGGCGAGAGGAGGGAUUGACAAUCUGGGGAAUUGCAGCUGAUGUUCUGCCUCAAAAUUGCCUUGUUUUUUGACUCCUGGCCUGUGCCAGGACCUUAAGGCGGGGCAGCAGGUUCCCUCUAGCUGGUUUGGGUGCUGGAAAGGAUUCUUUGUACCCCACGGGGCCUCUGUGUAUCUGGGGCUUCUCCCUGGGGGAGUGCCCUGUCCCCUGCCUUCCCACUGAAAAUAGCCAGGCACCCCUGUGCCCUCGGGCCACGGCGCCAGAAAUCCCUCGGCUGAUGAGAGAGUGGUGUAAAACCGCGGGGAGCCGGGAACGGCCACAGCCGGGCGGGAACCCUGCCGGGGAGGAAUGCUGUCGAGGAGGAACUCUGCCUCCCCGGCCCGCUGCCGUGGCUGCUGGGGUGGGAUUUUCUAUUUCUAUUUGUGAAAAGGCUUCCCCUGUAAUUACAGGGCGAUUUAACGCCCUGUCUGAGGUGUCCUUUGCAGCCAUCGGACGCAGCGCUCGGCAGGGACUCCUCAGCUCGGCCAACUCCCUCCUGAGCCGGUCACACCUCAGGUGACACCAGAGCUGCCGAGCACCAGCAGCACUUGCCAGCGACUCCUCUUCCUCGCUUCAAAAUGUCCCUCUCGCACACGGCUGCCGAGUACAUGCUCUCCGACGCUCUGCUCCCGGAUCCCGGCAGUUCCCGAGCCAAGGGCCUGCGGCUGGAGCUGCCAAGCGAUCGCCUGCUGAAGUUUGUCACUGUGGGGCUGCCCCUCUGCCUUGUCUCGCUGGCUUUUGCCCGGGAGUUCUCUGCCGGCUCCCAGAUCAGCUGCUUCUCUCCCACCAACUUCACGGGGAAGCAGUCUGCCUACGCCGACACGGCUUGCUGGGACUCCCUCAUCCACCACGGCUUCGACGCCGAGGGACACGCUGUCACCAAGUCCCUCUGGGCUCUCAAGGUCUUCCCCUACUCGCUGCUGGUGGUGGCGGUGCUGAUGUACCUGCCGUACCUGCUGUGGCGUUACGCCGCCGCCCCCGCCCUGCACUCCGACCUGCUCUUCAUCAUCGACGAGCUGGAUAAAUCCUACAACCGCUCGGUGCGCCUGGUGCAGCACAUGAGGAAGGUCCAGCAGGCCAGUGCCGAGCCAGAGCAAUUCUGGGAGGAGUACGAGAGGGCCCGCCGGGAGAGGUAUUUUGAGUUCCCAUUGCUGGAGCGGUACCUGACCUGCAAGCAGCACGCCCACGCCCUGACGUUCAUCUACAUCCUAAGGAACCUGCUGCUGCUCCUGUUCCUGGCUGCCACCUGCCUCUACCUGGUUUUCCUCCACCUCAACAUCUUCUUCCAGGAUGAGUUCAGCUGCUCCAUCAAAACAGGGCUGCUCCAGGCAGAGCCCCACAUCCCCCCACUCAUCCCCUGCAAGUUGGUCUUCUUCUCCAUCUUCCAGCUCAUCAGCCUCUCAGUCGGCAGCGUCUACAUCCUCCUUAUCCCCGUCGUCAUCUACAACGCCCUGCAGCUCUGCCAGUGGGACAAGGGGCUGCUCUCCGUCUACGAGAUGCUGCCUGCCUUCGACCUGCUCAGCCGCAGGAUGCUUACCUGCCCCCUCAACGACCUCAACGUCAUCCUCCUCUUCCUCCGCGCCAACAUCUCCGAGCUAACCUCCUUCGGCCGCCUCAACGCCGUCAGCGCCCUGAGGGAAACCACGGCCAACAAGGAGGACAUCGACACCGUCAUCGAUUUCAUGACGCUGCUGGCCGGGCUGGAGACCACCAAGCCCAAGCACCACGCUUGCACCCCUGAGGCUGAGGGUGGCACAGCUCUCUCCAAUGGCACGGCCCUAGGACCGAAGCCUGGAGUGGAAACGAUGGGAAAACCCUCCCGGGACUCACUCGGCUCUGCCUGAUCCAGGAGCAGGCAGGGAUCCUGCGAUCCCAGGAUCCACUUUGAUCCACAUCCUUCUUUCCAGCAUCGCUUGAGUGCAUUACCCUGGUUCUAACACAGCUGUGAUGUGGCAGCUGGGCUGAGCCCACCUGCUUUUCCUGCAACUGGGCUUUCCCUUCUUAUGUAUGUUUUUCCAGAAAAAGAGGGUUAAACAGUCAAUGUUUUGUACAGAACCUCUUGGGUUCUCUUAUUCCAAGCACUGGGUGCCACAAUGUGCCUCUUCCACACAAAUUUCCCUGCUGUUACAGCAGGAGGGGGAGGAUGGAGGAAUAAAGGGUACUCCUCUGAAGGAAAAAAGGAUCCAGGAAUAAAAUAAGCUGGUUUAUUAACUA